AUGGGACUUGGGUCAAAUACGUCGAUGGGAGAUGACACACGCGGGGAUGGAAGAGCUGGUCAUUCUCAGUUCCUAGGGUUAGAAGUGGGUACCGCAUGGAGAGCGCUCCUGUUCUUAUGGGCCAACUAUGCUGCUGCUGCUCCCGAAUGGCCCUUACCUUUUUUCCUGGAAGUAGAGAAUUCUAAUGCGAACCUUACAUGGAAACCAGCCGCAUAUCAAACGAAUGCACUUUUGUCAUUGUGGGAAGGAACAGAAGGCAAUAUAGUACUAACGCGUUUGUCAUACAAGCCUGAUGGUGAGGAAAAACCAAACAUACUCUCCGGAGGCGGAGGCUUGGGCAUAAAACUUCAAAAUGACGGCUCCUCUUCAACUCCGUUUUACUUGGAAGCCACUGAACCCGGAGACUACGAAGCGGGCGAAGAACGAUUUGUCGUCAGAUUGAACGAACCUUCUGCGUCCCCUAAUACUGGUGUUGUCACUGUGGAACUGGUGAAUGUAAACGACAACGCGCCUAUUAUUAGUAGUCCUGCGUCGUGCUUGGUAGAGGAAGAGUACGUGGGCCCCACUGACUGCGAAUUUAUAGUGACUGAUCCUGAUGGAGGAGCUUGUUACGCGAGGAUGUUGGUGGACGAUGAAAAAUUCAGCUUACAUCUAUCUAGCGGACAGACACAAGGCUGCAAAACAGCCACUUUCAUCUUGCACGUGGACAGUGAAUUGGACUAUGAAACAUUCCGUUUGCAUUCCCUGGUGAUUACUGCCGAGGAUGAUGGACAAGUUGGGCCAAACGAUUUCUUAGCAGGAAAUUUUUACCAGGAGCGAGUCGUUCAGUUUGUGGUUGAUGUUGACGAUAUACCCGACGAGCCUCCGCGAUGGGAAAAGAUCGUACCUUCCGUGACUGUUGACGAGAAGACAGAUUGGACCGAACAAAUACGCGCCAUAGAUGGUGAUUAUGGUCUAAAUUGGCCCAUUGUGUACCAUCUAGAGUUUCCUGACGAUGGGUUUGAUUAUCAUAUAUAUUUCGCAAUAGAUAAAGAAACUGGAGUCUUGACUGGAUUGGGAAUGAAUAGAGACUAUUUGCAACGGGAAAUUUAUAGAUUCGUUGUUGUGGCUACGGAAGUACCACCACCAGAGUUUCCAGAUUUCAAAGCAAUGAGUACGCCGAACGAUAUUGUGGUGAUGCUCAUCGAUAAGAAUGACAAUAUCCCUGAAAUGGAACCUACAAGGGUUGAAUACCUAGAGUACCCAGAAGAGCAACCCUUCACGGACAGAAAUAUCACUGUUAACGAUCCUGACUUGGCAGACCACGGUACCUUUCAUCUAACGCUGGAAGAAAAUUUUUGGAGCUCAAACUUCCUCCUGAUUCCUUCAUCAGGGUAUCAAGAAGUAACACUCACGAUUUCAGCAUUGGAUCCAUCACGCUUGGAUUAUGAGGACCCGGAAUGGAGAAACAUUGAACUUACGCAGAGGAGGAAACAGAUAAGACACGUAUCAAAGGCUGUACUGAAAAUUGAACUUUUUGAUUUGAUUGAUGAGCCUCCAGAGUUCGAGAAAGAAGAGUACACUGUGUCAUUUACGGAAAAUCAGCCCGAAGGCUUCCAUGUAGUGCAAACGAUAGCUAAAGAUCCAGACGAAAACGACAUUAUUAGCUAUACUAUAACACAUACAUUAUUGGAAAUUGAUGAAGACGGUCUCAUUACAUCUAAAUCCGCAAAUGCAUUUGACUAUGAAAGACAAACGGAAAUGAGUUUUCAGGUUGUAGCGACAGACACGGGUAAUUUUAAAGAUUUCUGCCAAGUGACUAUUAAGAUAAUUGAUAUAAAUGAUGAGCAACCUACCUUGAUAAUGCCUCCCAACCGCUUGGCGGUUAAUGAGCAUGAUCCGGUAGGGACCCCAGCGUCUUACGACAUUACGGCCACUGACCCUGACACCGAAGCAAAACUAAGAUUUGAAAUAGAUUGGGAGAACUCCUCGGGUUACACUCAAGGCGUUGAAAUAUUCGACGAUACUAUAUAUAAGACUUUUCUUAUUUCAGGAAUCUUAACUGUUAUUGUCGGCGACAUAAACGAUAAUCCCCCGGUAUUCGUGGAUAAAGAGAACCGAGAUAAUUUCACCGUGACUGAAAAUACAAAGGCCGGUCGCGUCAUUGGUUCUCUUACCGCCACUGACGCAGACAGCCCAGAGCAUAAUAAGAUCACCUACUCAAUAGAACCUUCUUUCCCGCCAGAGCUCGUGGCAGGCAAAGAAAAACCUCGUCUGGUCAUCAACCCAGACACUGGAGUGUUGUCAACUACGGAUGAGGCAAUUGACUGCGAUGAUUGGCAAACAUUAAUAUACAAGUAUAAAGUAUCCGCAGCUGAUAAAAACUAUACAACCACCGAAGAAAUUACCGUAUACAUCGAAGAUGAAAACGACGUAUUGCCAGACGUAAUAGAACCAGAGGGCUAUAAGAAUACUACUUCAUUUAAAGAACAUACACCUGGUCCUCAACUUCUUAGUUGCAUUCAAGGAGUAGAUAACGACUAUUCUGAGGAUUUCCACACCAUCACUUACUUCUUCAUUGAAGGAAAAUUCGUCGAGCUUUUCGAAAUGGAGAGUCCAUGCAAAACUUUAGAAUCUUGUUGCCUUUGGGCGAAGGAUGGUACUGAUAUGGAUCGCGACGAAGGAGAAGAAACGUACGAGAUAGAAGUUUUCUCCCGAGAUAAUUACGAGGAUCGAAUGUUAUGGAGAAGUAAUUCUGGACCGACUGUGACGAUAACAUUGAAUUUGGAGGACAUUAAUGACAAUAGUCCGAUAUUUCAAAAUCAGGGGCCAGUAGGGGACUCUUCAGAAACUCUACCUGAAGAAGGCUACAAAUUUUUCGAUGUGGAAGUGACGGAUAAGGACAUAGGUCUGAACGGGGUAAUCGACUGUGAGGAAGAUCCGGAAGUUACCAGUGAGCCGGCGGGUCGACCUGAUGGUUUGUUCACAGUGAAAACAGAAACGCAGGUAGUCGACGGGGUGACCAAAUACAGGUGCGCUGUACAUGCUACACGGAAGUUCGAAGGCCUCUGGGGAGUUUAUACGCUGAAGUUGACGGUAAGAUUGCUUUGUGUCCAUUUGCAGGCGAAUGACAGAGGAGAGGAGAAGUCUGACCCUGGUGUGGGCGUGUAUGUGCUGAAAGUGGCGGGUGAAAACCUGAAUGACCCGACGAUAGAAUAUCCAGAGAGCGGGUCUGUAAUUCGCCUGAGAAGAAAUCAAGAUCCCGACAAUGGAAAACCACUGAUAGAUUAUACUACUAACAGUGGAAUUGAAAACUUCAUAACAAACGAUAUCGAUGACCCGAGCACCCUGAAUGGUCAAGUCGAACUCAAAUUGACGGAAGAAGUAUUUGGAGUGGUCGAAGUACUCAAACAUACCUUCAGGCUCGUAUUAAAGGUUCCGAAAAUUCCGGAAGAUAAGAAACAAUUUCCGGUAACUCUGCAAGCCUUCGAUAGGCCAGGUUCAGACGGCCAGCGAAGUAGUAAUCCUCCAACAUCUAUUAAUAUCUAUGUGAUCGAUGCUGAUUCUACUCCAGCAUUCACUGAACGAGAUGCAAUCGUCUCUUUCACUGAGAACACAACUGGCCUCGUUGAAAGUAGGUCUCUCCCCCAGGCGCGAAAUUUGGACGAAGAACUUCUAGAAUUAGAAGUAAGACGUCAAAUCUACUAUUAUAUCAUUGGGGGAGAGGCCGAGUACUUCCUCUUGGACAAAAAUACUGGAGUUCUGACACUUCAGAAAAUGUUAGACUACGAAAAUGUUACUCAGCACAAAAUCAUAGUUGGAGCAACCCAUGCUGAAGAACAACCGCCAUCUGAUAACUUCUACGGAAAUGCUAUUCUUGAAGUUACCGUCAAGGUCGACGAUAUAAACGACAUGCCACCCUUUUUUCUUCAGGAAGUAUUUCCUGGUGUAUUUUCGGUCGAUCACGAACAAGGAACACACAUUCUGGACUUAAAGGCCGAAGACCCUGAUACAAACGACGAGCUCAACUUCGUGAUUAUACCAGGCACUAUGGAAGCGUCUACAGAAUCUCUAAAACCAUUUGAGAAUAAUGCUUUCUCAGUAAAUCUUAAGACUGGAGCCAUUACGCUAAAUUUCUCUCCAGGAGGAAGACAACUUGACGGUUACUUUUCCUUCGAUGUCAAGGUUUAUGACAAGCUUGGAGAUAUUCAUGGACAUAGGGACACCGCAUCAGUGAAAGUAUAUGUUGUCUCUGGGACACAUCAAAUGAUAUUUUUCUUCUUCAACCCUGUGGAUGUAGUGGAAGCCAAGCAAGAUGAUAUGGAGAAGGAAUUUUCGCGGGUACUUGGUUACACCUGCACCGUUGAUAAAGUACGAAGAGCUUCCGCAGAUAAUGUUAUUGAAACUUCAGAAGUGGUGUCAUACUUUCUCAAUGAAAAAGAUAAUUCUCCUGUGCCACGUGAAAAAAUUGAAGAGGAGUUUCUGAAGACGAACACCAACAGCGAGCUGUACCAAGCGAUGCAGGACCUGUCGCUGUCUUUCCGAGGCUACAACAACGCGGACUCGGAAAAAGAGCGGGGAAGCUACAUGACAAUCGUGCUGGCAGCCGUGUGCGCGGUGCUGGCCGUCCUCGUCGUGGUCUUUUCGUUGGCCUUCGUCGUCCGCACGCGCACGUUGAAAAACCGCCUUGAGAAGUUGACAAACAAGAAAUUUGGAUCACAAGAUUCUGGACUGAACCGGGACAGUAUGGCUGUACCUGGCACCAACGUUCAUGCACUCGAAGGAUCCAAUCCAGUAUGGAAUCACGACAUUGACAGAUCCUUUGACAAUAUGAGUGAGAGCAGCGGUGACUCGGAUCUCAUCGGCAUCGAGGACAGCCCGGAAUUCAACGACCAGGAAGGCGGUGUGCAGAACCGCGCGUACGAGCCGAGGGCGAGCGCAGACCAAUUCGAGGAAACGUUCGGCCAAAUAGAGACUCAGCCCAGAUACGACGACCUCCCGCGCCGAACCAGCAUCAACCCUCUGGCGGCGGCGGCGGCCGCGGAGGACCGCGGGUUCGAGGCGUUGUCGGACCCCGGGCCGCUUUCUCUGGAUGACAUCGGACUUCCGCGGAAAAUCAGCCUCAACCCGCUCGCCGCAGGUUUCGACUCCGAACUCGACUCGGUGGAGGUCGAUGUGGACGGGGACGUGGGCGCCGAGCAGGCUCCUGGCAAUGCCAACUUCUCGUUUCAGCGACCCGCCGAGCCCUCUACGGAGUUGUGAUACGAAUGACACUGGAGACAAGCCAUGAUUUAUUUUAGUGAUAAGAUAAUGCAUCCUGGAACACAUGUUGAUUGAUACUAUGCUACGUCAUACGACUUAAACUAUUGGUAGGACUGGUUUAAUUCAUAAUUUCUCCCUAUUCAUUAUUCUACCAUAAAUUAUUUAAUAUAUGCGGAUUAUAGUAUAUUUUAAUUAUAGAAGUCAAAUUUGUACUAUUUUUAUUACAUUAUUGCAUUACAAAUUUGACUGUUUAUAAUCUGAAGAUACAAUAAUCGACAAAAUUUAAUCAGUCACAAAAAUAAUCUUAUAUAAAUUAUUAAUUUUUAAUAAAUAAAUUUGAGCUGUUAUACGAUUAUUCAUGAUC